AGAGGGAGACACAUGACACCAAACCUGAAAAGGAUAAAACAAAAAUCAAUAUUCUUGUUUUGUGUCUGUCUGAAAAACCAAGGGUGAUGCUGUGUGCACCACCAUUCCAAGAUGCCAUUUAUUCUUCAUCCUUCUAAAUUUCUUUGCUUUCCCAACUGCACAACAAUACCAGUUAAGGACACCACUCUUUUGGCCAACACCUUCGUCAAGAAACCAAACACCAUUCCCAGUAAGCACCAAAAAUUUCGUUCUUUUGCUAAGAUUACUCUUUCCAGUCCCCGUGCAUCCAUAGUUUCUAAGAAAGAUUCAAUUUUGGGUUAUACCCACUUCACAAUUUGCUCCAGGAGUGAUGGGUUUGGUGGAUAUUCCACUGAUGUGUCUCAAGAGGCUAUCGAUGAUGAAACCACCGCUCAAGAACUUGAGAAGCUUGAGUUACUAAACAAGCCUUCUCCUGUGCUUGUUACAGAAGAGCCUUCAUCUGAAUCGUCUGAAGUUGAAGUGGAACAGCAAGAAAAGCCCUCGGAAGAGGAGGCUUUGGCACCUUUCUUGAAGUUUUUCAAAGGUAAAAAUUCCGGGGAGGAUGACGAGGAAGAGAGGGAGGGGUUGGAGGUUGAGAAUGAAGAGGGAGAUAAGAAGGUUAAUGUUGAGUACUAUGACCCAAAACUUGGAGAUUUUGUGGUGGGUGUUGUUGUUUCAGGUAAUGAAAACAAGCUUGAUGUCAAUAUAGGGGCAGACUUGCUAGGUACAAUGUUGACCAAGGAAGUGCUUCCCUUAUACGAUAAGGAAAUGGAGAGCUUGUUGUGUGAUGUGAACAGGGAUGCCGAGGAUUUCAUGGUUCAGGGGAAGAUGGGAAUUGUGAAGAAUGAGGAGGCAAUAAGUGGAGUAGCAGUGGCCGGAAGGCCUGUUGUGGAAAUUGGAACCGUUUUGUUUGCUGAGGUUUUAGGUAGGACAUUUAGUGGCCGACCAUUACUUUCCACCAGAAGACUCUUUCGCCGGAUUGCCUGGCAUCGACUGAGGCAGAUAAAACAGCUCAAUGAUCCUAUAGAGGUUAGAAUCACCGAGUGGAAUACUGGGGGCCUGCUAACAAGGAUUGAGGGUUUGCGAGCUUUCCUACCCAAAGCUGAGCUUGUAAAAAAAGCAACUAGCUUUACAGAAUUGAAAGAACAUGUGGGGCGCCGCAUGUAUGUACAAAUUACUCAGAUAGAUGAAACUAAAAACAAUUUAAUACUUAGUGAAAAGGAAGCUUGGGAAAAAUUGAAUCUUCGUGAGGGAACACUUCUAGAUGGGACUGUGAAAAAGAUCUUACCGUAUGGAGCCCAAAUUAAGCUAGGAAAAAGUAACAGAAGUGGGUUGCUGCAUGUUUCAAAUAUCUCUAGAGCUGAAAUUACUUCUGUCAGUGACGUACUAUCUGUUGAUGAGAAUGUCAAAGUUCUUGUUAUGAGGUCAAUGUUUCCUGAUAAAAUUGCUUUAAGCAUUGCUGAACUUGAAAAUGAACCUGGCCUUUUUCUAUCAAAUAAAGAGAGAGUUUAUCUGGAGGCUGAUAUGAUGGCAAAGAAAUACAAGCAAAAGCUACCUCCUUCUGUCGAA